CCCAACAUCAACAGAAUUGGUAGGAAUAUAGUGCUACUAUUAGUAGAUUCUCAAGUAACUAGACUAUGGCAGAACUACCUGCACCGACGGAGCUGCUGGUGCAGGUGCAGAAGGAUCCCAACCGGGAGGGUGAGACAGUGAUCCAGGUGGUACGGCAUGCAGAGGGACCACGGCCCACUGACGACGAGGACGACACGGGCGGGGAGGAGCCCGUUGCCCGCGAGCCGACUGAGAGCUCCAAGAAGAUCUACCUGCAGCGCUACCGCUCUGCCUGGGAGGAGGUGCCCGCAUUCCGCGACUGGCUGAUGCCUGUACCCGACGACCCGUUCUCCGCGGCCUGCGCCUCCUGCGAGUGCUCGAUGAAGGCCCACCGCCAGCUGCUGAUCGAGCACUGCAAGAGCAAAAAGCACCAGCGCCAACUGGGCCACCGCAAUCCGCUGUACACACCCGGGCCGGCGGCACGGCGCGGCAAGAAGCGCGCGCCCGCCUCGUCGCCCACGCCCUACCGGCGGAUUAUGAAGCAGCUGAAGCCGGAGCGCGAUGAGCUCGAGGUAUCCUACAACGACUCAAGCCGCGUCACGUACGCCAUCGGACUGGGCGCACAGCGCGUCGGCUUCAUCGGCUCGGGGAGCGUGGCGCGCGCUAUCGCCAAGGGCAUGCUGGACAAGGGCCUGGUCGUACCAGCCAAGGUGAUGGUGAGUGCGCCCAGCGACCGCAACUUCGAGACCUGGAAGAAAUGGGGCUGCCGCACCACGAUCAGCAACGACAGCGUGAUCCGCACGUGCGAGAUUGUGUUCCUGGCAGUGAAGGCGUCGGUGCUGGAGCCGCUGGUGGCGGAGCUGGGUGUGAUUGGUGAGGACAAGUCGCGCUGCUUCAUCUCGCUGGUGUCGGGCGUGAGCCGCGAGCGCGUGGCCGCGCUGCUGGCCGGCCGGCGUGAGCUGCAGACCGAGAUGGCAGAGCUACACGUGGUGCGUUGCCAGCCGAGCACGCCGCUCAUGAUCGGCGAGGGCUGCUGCUCGUACUCGGCCGCCGCCGACCUGCCGCACCACUGGCUGCUCGCCGUCGAGACCAUCUUCUCGGCGCUCGGCAUGUGCUAUAAGGUGGAGGAGGGCCUGAUGGACGCGCUCGCCGGCGCCUUUAGCAGCGGGCCCGCCUUCGCAUACUCGUUCGUCGAGGCGCUGGCGGCCGGCGCCGUCAAUAUGGGCGUACCGUGGCACCUAGCGCGCCCCAUGGCCGCGCAGACGGUACUGGGUGCGGCACGCAUGCUCAUGGAGACCGGCUGUACGGCGUCCGAGCUGCGCGACGAGGCCUCGCCGCCCGGCGGCACCACCUCGGCCGGCCUCAUGACGCUGGAGAAGGAGGGGCUCAAGUACGCCGUGAUGGCGGCCGUGCGCGCCGCCACCGAGCGCUCCCGCCAACUCGGCCGCGACGAGGGCCUUGCCGGCGACCCGCUGCAGUGA